UUCCAACUGUCAUUUGCGUAUACAAUGGUUAUAAAAAUCUGAAAAAUAACAAAAAUUACUGAAGGCAUUUACUCAUGGUUAAUUUGGCUACAACUUUUUACUUCUAAAGAUUAGUGUCAUGGAUUCUGUCUAUUUGGAUAAUUUAAUGGAAGACCUAGAAAAACGAGAGAUAGAGGCUACAAAUGAUGUACCAACAGAGGUGUAUGAAAAAUUAUUGGCAAUUUAUUUAUACAAACAUGAUUUAUGUAAUGCAAAGUUUUUGUGGAAACGUAUACCUGCAAAAGUUAAGGCCAGUACUCCUGAACUAGGCAACAUUUGGUCUGUUGGGCAAUAUAUGUGGAAAAAAGAUUAUCCCUCUAUUUACAAGUCUUUAAAUUCAGUGACAUGGUCCAAUAUAGUAUCAGAUAUCAUGCAGAAAGUUGAAGAAUCUGUCCGGAAUCGUGCAGUUGAUCUUAUCUCGCAAGCCUAUUCUUCAAUUUCAUUAGACACAGUUUGUGCGAUGACGGGCCUAGCUCCUGAUAUUUGCAGUAAGGCUUGUAUCGAGAAAGAAUGGAAAUAUGAAGCAGAUACCAAAAUAGUUCAUCCAGUUAAGACAAAAAUAGAAUCUAUUGGUACCACGAGCAGUGAAGACCAGUUGUAUAAACUUACUGAUUUUGUUUCUUUCUUAGAAAAUUAAUUUAAUGCUGUCUUUUGUAAUAUAAAUUAUUGUUCCUUUUAUUAUUAAAGUUAAUUUCUAAUAAUUCUCCAA